AUGUCUAAACGGGAAAUCGCUAACGAACUUCACAAACCAGCAAGGAAAAAUUUCACUAGGCGUCGAGUUAACGUCUAUGGAAAAAAUGAUUUAUGGCAAGCUGACUUGGUUGAAAUGAUACCAUAUUCAAAAGUAAAUGGUGGUUACAAAUACAUCCUGGUUGUGAUUGAUUGUUUUACAAAAUUUUCUUGGACAAAACCGUUAAAGUCUAAGACAGGUAAAGAAGUUACUAGUGCAAUGUCUACAAUAUUACUUGAUCGUUCACCGAAACUUUUACAACUCGAUAAGGGAAAAGAAUUUUACAACACUACUUUCGACGCUUUGAAGUAUGGCAUACACAAAUAUUCAACUUUCAGUAUUCUAAAGGCCAGCAUAGCAGAGAGAUUCAAUCGUACUUUGAAGGGAAAAAUGUAUAAGGAGUUCACUGCCCGUGGCUCUCAUGAAUGGGUUUCAAUUUUACCAAAGUUACUUGACGAAUACAAUAAUUCAUACCAUAGAACUAUAGGAAUGACUCCAAUACAAGCAGAUUCCAACCCCGCUUCGGUGGUAAUAAAACAUCGUGAAAUUAAUACUGUAAAAAAUAAGUUUAAAGUUGGCGAUAACGUUCGUAUCAGUACACAAAAGGGCGUGUUCACAAAAGAUUAUAUGGGUAAACCUAUAGCUGGUUGUUUUUACUCUGAAGAAAUAUACAAGACCAAUUUCCCAAACGAAUAUUUAAUUGAAAAAAUUAUACGUAAAAAACAUAAUCAAAUGUACGUCAAGUGGUUAGGAUUCGAUAAUACACACAAUAGUUGGAUAAAUACACGUGAUGUUAAAAAAUAG